AUGGAGCAUGACCAACGAAUUUUGGUUCGCCUUUAUGGGCAGUGCGCUCACUGGCUGGCACGUAUGGGGAGGUCUGGGAGAUUAGCUGUCCUGUCAGCGAUAGAAAUGGGGUACCUGGACGGCCAGAGCUCCGCGACAGCGGCUAGCUCUACCAGUGCUGCCAGCGCUGCUGCUGCUUGA